GACUUGUUGGAAUAGAUCCAUAGAUUAUUUAAUGUUUCGUUAUCUGUAAAAUUACACAAAUACUCAUACUCUUUCAGUGCUUAAAUCGUUCGAAGAAGGACAACUAAUGGGAAAAACAACUUACGAGCAGAGCGCUCUCGCCUCUCGUCAAUCAUGGAGUCGCUCUCGCUGAUGCCAACUACGAUACAACGGCGGGCCAACCGACCAUUUUACUUUGUUUAGUGGAGACAGGAGGAGACCGGUCACUACUCACUAGAGAUGUGAACUGAGAAGAGUUAAUGAAGCAGGCAGCAAGGGAGGGUAUGAGUAGAGAGUAGUAAUUGGGUAAUAGAAAGUAGAGGGGCUUUUAGUGUGGUGUGGUUGGUCGGUCGGUCGGUCGCUGUGAUAGUAGAUAAGCAUAAGCUAGUAGUACCCACAUUCGACAGCCGGGACUCAGGAGCCAGCUCCACACUUCUGCAUAUCGGCCCAUGAUCACCGCCACCACAGUUGAAAAAAAAAAAGCGAGGGGGAUUGAGGCCUGAGGGGGGCCUUUUCAGGGUUCGUGCCCGCAAAAAGAGGAACUGACUGUCAGCAGUUCCAUUGUCAUCAUGUUUUCUUCCUUUUUGACGCCUCUCCCUAGUCUCUUCCUCCCUUUCAUUUGAUCAUCUUCUUUUUAAAAAAUAAACCCACCCCUCCCAAAAAAAAAUGGCUCAGGAGGAAAAAGAGAAAACUGCAAUCAUCAUUCAAGCUUCCUCCCACCAUCACCAUUACCACGACAUCGGCAAUUUUCAGGAAAAAGACGAAGAAAUUGACCUCUCAUUAUCCUGCGAAUCUGGAGUUUCGUCUCUGCACGACAUUUCUUCUCGUGUGCUAUAUUUGUUGGGAGAUGUAACGGCGGCGCCAGCUUAUCGGUUCACCCAAUGGCUGGAAUCGGUUCGUAGGCGCUGUGGGAGAUAUCGCUCUUCGGGAUUUCCCAACCGUCCUUCUGGACUCCAAACUAUGCCAUUGAGUGUAGGAGCACCCAUUGCUGAGUCAAAAAGUUCAUUGCACAUUGAUCAAACUCCAGAGAUUAGUUUGUGGGAAAGGCUUGGCAAAGCUGCUGUUUUGGAUAUUGAAUCAAGUGAAUUUUCGUGGAACAUGCUUUCUUCACUACACCAUACAGAACACAACAGUAGCACUGAACAUUCUGAAGAUGAAAUGAGUAAAGCGCUUGAGGUCACUGUCAAUUCUGGGGGUGUCGUUUUCUUUGCCCUAUUCAACAGGCCUGAUAAUGAUGAUUCCUUCACAAAGGAAGCAGCAGCAGUCAUAAAGAUAGCUUCUUCAAGGAUGGCUACACAAUCAGAGCGCCUAGGUUAUGAAUUUGCAAAAUGGCUAGGAGUUCGAACUCCACAAGCUAGGGUCGUUCACAAUUCAAGCCCAGAAUGGCAGCAGAUCAAGAAUGCUGCAGAAAAAGCAAAAGAUGUGGCAAUUUCAGAGAAUGAUGAAAUUGGUGAAAUGACAUGUUCAGAGUUGUUGGAAGCUCUUGAAUUGAGCCGGUGCCUUCUUCUGAUGAAUUACAUUCAUGGAUCUCCCUUGCUUGAAAGCUCAAAUGCAUUUGAUUCACAGGAAUCUGCCGAAAAAGCAGCAGCAGCCCUUGGCAGGAUAUUGAUGUUGGACCUUGUCAUCAGAAAUGAAGACAGGCUCCCUUGCCGUCAGCUGGGAUGGCGGGGAAAUUCUGCAAAUCUACUGUUUUCUGAUAAGGCAUCCUCUGCAAAUGCAGAUGCAUUGGAUGAAGUCUUUGACUCUGUGACGCAUCAAUACAGACCAAGAGUAAUGAUGGCUCUUCAGAAAGAAAGAAGAGCCAACUCACUAGAUAUCAAAUUAAGCCCUAAGAACACUGAAUUGAUAUCUCAGAGCUCAGAUGUUUCUGAGCUAAUGGAUUCUCCCAGAUCCAGUAACAUGAGCAUUAAAAGCCCAAUAUCCAAUGAAGAAAAAAUCAGCGAUUGUCGAAUUGUGGCAAUUGACUCUGGCAUUCCACGCAGACCACCAGCUGGAAAACGUGCAAAUGACCAAGUAAAUUAUCCUAAGUUGGUUGAACUUCUUCUCAAUAGUGCUGAGUACUCCUCUAACCUUCUAUAUGAAAUAACAGGAGGAAAAUUGGGGACUUCCUUAUCAGAAGAGGCUGAUACACAGGCUAAUUUGUGUUCAUUUGAUAUAACUACAGUUGUCCAUGAAUUCCGAAGUGGGUUUCGUGCCGCUCUUAGGGAUUUGCAAGGUUUUCAUAUUUUCCUUCUCACACUUCAUCAGAAGCUGGAUAACCUCUUCCGAGCAUUCCUGUCUAUUACAAAUAAAUAUUCAUCAGGAGAUUUUGACAAGGAGGAUAUAGGAGUUGCUGAGUCACCGAUACAGGCAGUUGGAGUUGGUGUUCAAUGCCUUUCUCCUGUUAAUAAAGAACGGUUUGGUAGUGAGACACAUGGAGAUUUAAAUGAUAUGGACUUGCAGCGAACGGCUCCAAAGACACCACCUUUAGGAUACAAAGAAAGCUCAGAUACUGCUUCUCCCAUCUCAAGAGAAGGUUGGCAUGGAAAGUGCAAAGGGAGUGGUGAUCCUAUUCGGAACUUUCGUCUAACGGCAAGGCUUCGUGACUUCAACAAAUUUGCUAAGGUGGAUGCUGAAUUAAACAGAGAAUUGGAACAAUGGAAUGAAAUGCUUAAGUCAGAUGCUGUCAAACUAUGCCAAGAAAAUAAUUUCAUUACAGGGUUUUUUGAGGGGAAUGACACUAACAGUGUUGUCGAUGCUUAUGAGUUAAAGGUCCGACUUGAGCACAUUCUUGAGAGGAUUGCCAUGAUAUCUGAUGCUGCAAAUACAGAAAGGCCAUCUUCAAUCACAAGUAAUCUGUUCAUUGGURGAGCCCUGGCUGCACGAUCUGUAUACACAUUGCAAAAUUUGGGCAUCACACAUAUUUUGUGCCUGUGCUCGAAUGAAAUUGGGCAAUCAGAUUCUCAGUAUCCUGAUCUUUUUAAGUACAAGAACUUUUCUGUAUGUGAUAAUGAAGAUGCAGGUAUCAGCAACAUCUUUAUAGAAGCUUCUGAUUUCAUUGAUCACGUAGAGAACACGGGUGGGAGAGUCCUGGUUCACUGUUUUGAAGGGAAAAGUAGAAGUGCUACAGUUGUUCUUGCUUACUUGAUGCUAAGGAAGGGUUUCACUUUGUCAGAAGCAUGGGAUCUUUUAAAAAAGGCUCAUCGCCGAGCUCAACCCAAUGAUGGUUUUGCAAAGACCCUUUUGGACCUGGAAAGGAGAUUAUAUGGAAAGGUUUCCAUGGAGUGGCAUCCGAGGAAACCCAUGAUGAAAAGCUGCCCAAUUUGUGGAAAAAAGGUGGGACUGAGUAGUAGCUCACUCAAGCUUCACUUGCAGAAAUCACACAGGAAGCUCUCGUCGGGGAGUGUUGAUAGUGCCAUGACCAUGGAAAUACAGAAAGCUUUGAACGCACUUAAGAUGAACCGUGGAGGGAGUGUCAGCCCAACCCAGAAGAAAUCUCAUUCCAUCAUGGAAGGAUAUGAUCCGUGACUUGAAUUUCAAGGCGAGGGAAGCCCCUUGGUUGCACCAAAAACUAGUAUUGCGUUGCAUUCACCAACUUGCUCAGUGCUUAUUGUGAUUUGUGAGGAGAUGAAACGAUUUUCAUGUCCCUGGAAGCUGGAGCCUUGACACCAUACAUUUAACAGGGAGAAUGCAAUGUUGCACCAACGGAUAUGUAUUACAGUGAUUACCCGUAGGGAUUUCAAGAUAAGGCUUCUGCGGAAUCUCUCUCCCUCUAAACUUCUACUCGUCCAAGGAAAUAUGCUAUUAAACUCUUACCUUAACUUUUUGCCACUCGUACAAAAUCCGAACCGUUGUUCAAUGAAGUGGAGAAAGGACCUUGACCACCUGAUUGGUUAACCCUUUUAUGAUAUCGGUUGAUUGUGUCUUUUUUUUGGUAAGGAUGAUACCGGCUGAUUGGUUACAAGAUGCAAGUUUUUCCGAUGUCAUGCCUUAAAACAGAAUCAUGGAAUUAAAUAGGUUAAYGUCCAUGGUUCUCUUUAAGACAAUGUUUUACCAAAUAUGUUUUCUUUAUUCAAUGACCUUUUUAUUCUUCGACAGUCGAAGGAAAAUCGGAAUAUCAUAACCAUAUUUUCAGGAUUUUA